CUUUUGAGUGAACGCGGCAAGGACGUUUUUAUCUUGAUAAAUCACGUGACGUUGAGCAGCUUAUUUUGCCUGUUUGGCAUUGCGGGCAAUUUUAUAAAUAUUCGCGUGUUCCUGAAACAAGGCCUGAAGAGAUCGACGAAUCUGAGUUUCUUCACCAUGGCCGUGACGGACACGUUGGAAAUAGUGUUCCAGAUCUGGCACAACGUCUGCUUGAACCCGUAUCUGCUGCACGUAGACUCGAGCGUGGAUUUCUACGAAAUUCAGUACCUGACGGCCGGGACCCCGAGUGUGCUCCUCGUGAGAAUCACCGGCUGGAUCACCGUGUACGUCACGGCCGAGAGAUGCCUGUCCAUCGCCGCACCGCUGAAGAUCAAACAGAUCGUCACGCCGAGGCGAACGGCCGCCAUUUUGGUUUUCAUCUACGUCAUGAACUACGCGGGACUCAUCCCGAUCUACUUCGCUGCGUAUUUCAGUUGGAAGUUAUCUCCGGCCCGGAACAGAACCAAACUUGGGAUGUCCUUCAGAGAUGACGUGGAUCAAAUACUCAGUUCGACUUCAUCGUUCCACAGCGGAAUGACCGUCACCGCGUUCGUGUUAGUCAUCAUUUUUACGAGUAUUUUGGUUUUCUUUUUAAAGCAAAAAUCAAAAUGGCGUCGCGCGUCGACCGCGCAAGCCGGCCAGACGGGAACGGUGUCGUCCAGGGAGCGCAAAACCGUCUUCACGGUGAUCGUCGUGGCCGCCGUUCUCAUCGUCUGCUACACCCCUGGCAUUUCGUUUGACUUUGUGACCUCGAUCAAUCAAGACUUCAGCCUCACGGGUAAGCACGCGAACGUGUUCCAGGCCGCCUGGUCCUUUGCGUUUCUCCUCCACUCCGUCAACUCGAGCAUCAACGUCCUGUUGUACUACAAGACGAGCACGAGGUACAGACAAACUGUACGGGGCAUGUUCCCGAGAUGUUUCAAAAAUCGUGGACCGUCGGCGAAGACAAACACUGCAAAUACAACACGGUGA